AUGAAGACCACAUCUAUAAUCCGAUUCGCGGCGUUGUCAGUGGUGCUGCUAGCCUCGGUGAAGGUGUCCUGCCAACAACCGAGCAAGAGCCAGUUGCAAGAAGUAUCUGCAAAAUUGGGCCCAGAUGUAACGAACAAAAUUAUACUGUGUCUCAUGAAUUUGGUCAUGUCGCAAGAUAUCACCGUCAAGUCGGUCCUGAAAUGCGUGGCAUCAAGUGGAGUGAGGCCCAUACCGUACGGCGCGGGCAAUUUUGCAAAUUUCAUAGUCAAGAACGGGAAAAGUAUCAAAGAAGACGGCGUGAUCCAGAACGCAGCGCUGUCCUGGGGCAAGUGGCAACAGGACGGUCAAGAUGUGACCACGGUCAACAACAUUGAAUUCAAUAACGUUCAAGAGGCGAAUUUCAGGGCGUCGGGGCGCGAUAACAGCCCUUCGGGCGCCGAAGGACAAUUCGAAAUACACGUGGGUGGAAAGAAUGUCGCCGUCGUUGAAUUCGACAUACCGUUCUGGGGAGAGAACCAUUUUAAAAUUCGUCACGUGGACGAUCAAUUUUUGUGCAACCAGAGCGGCUUCACAUCCGACGGCUCCCCGACGAUCAAUAUAAAAUGCCAUAAGCUUGCCUCUCGACUUAAACUC